AUGCACGUAACUAUGAAAUUUGCCGAGCAUUUAUCUGCACACGUCACACCAGAAUGGAAUUCGCAAUACAUUCGUUAUGACGAAAUGAAAGAACUACUUGCGCAAGCCGUUGCUAAAGCACAACCAUUCGUCGAUGAAACGGACAAUGUCUUACGUGAGCAAUUUUUUCUACGUGUCGAUGAGCAUUUCUUUCAAUACUGCGAAAAAGAAGCGUCGAAAAUCAACACUUUCUUUGCGGAAAAACUUGCUGAAGCUAUAAGACGAUGGGAAACAUUGAAGAAUGAAGCUAUCCUCGAAGAGCAAACUCGUCGACGCACAUCUAAUCGAGUGAAUGUUACAUCUGAUACGAAUCAACAUCCCGUUGAUACUACUACCGAUUUGACAACGGAUGGUGUCCAAGCUUCAGCAGUAAACCGACGUCGUUCUGCUCAUAAUGAAGAACAUGAUGUUCGAGUGCCGUUGACACGUGUAUUGCAAGAACGUUUACUUGAGCGAACACGUGAAAAGCAAAGUCAACGGGUGCAAUAUCGCAAAAGAAAUGAUCUGAAAUUAGCAUUUAGCGAAUUUUAUUUAAUGUUAGUUUUGUUACAGAAUUAUCAGACAUUGAAUUUUACAGGCUUUCGAAAAAUUUUAAAAAAACAUGAUAAACUGUUUCAGACUACACGUGGGGAAGAAUGGAGGAAGUUACAUAUCGAUUCAGCACCCUUUCACACAUCGAAGCGUGUCGAUCAAUUAAUCAAUGAUGUCGAAACAUUGUACACAGAUACAUUAGAAUCCGGUGAUCGUGCUCGUGCAAUGAAACGUUUACGUGUUCCACCCCUCGAAGAAAAACAAUCGCCAGCCGUGACCUUCCGUGUUGGAAUUUUUGUCGGAAUGCUAUGCCUAUUACUUCCCGCUGUCAUUGCUCUUGGGGCUAAUCUUCACGAUAGUCAAUCAACGAAACCUUUAGCUUGGCGACAAGCAUUAUUUUUAUAUCGUUCAACAUUUCUUAUUGUACUUCAUAUAGUUUUAGUGGGUAUUAAUGUCUAUGGAUGGUCAUCGUCCGGUGUCAAUCAUGUACUGAUAUUUGAAAUUGAUCCGCGUCAUCAUUUAACCUAUCAACAGUUUCUUGAAAUUGGAACUUUUUUAUUCGUUCUAUGGUUUUUAAGUUUUACGGGAUUUAUUCUCUCGUCCUAUUACGACUUCUAUCCAUUUGUCCAUCCAUUAAGUUUUGUUUCAUUGAUUCUUCUGUUUUUACUCAAUCCAACUGGUACUCUGUACCAUCGAGCGCGUUUUUGGUUUAUAAAAACUUUAGGUCGAGUAAUUUGUGCCCCAUUUUAUCGAGUUGGCUUCGCUGAUUUUUGGCUCGGUGAUCAACUAACUUCAUUAGAAUUGAUCUUCUUCGAUAUGGAAUAUUUCUUCUGUUUCUACACCUACGAUGUUAGUUGGUGGCCAAUCUAUUCGCACUCUCCAGGUCGAGGUUUGCUUUGCCAAGGUUGGUCACAAAUUGCUGUACAAACUAUUUUAAUGAUCUUACCAUCGUGGUUUCGUUUUGCUCAGUGUUUACGACGAUAUCGUGAUACGAAACAAUUAUUUCCUCAUUUAGUCAAUGCUGGAAAGUAUGCCAGUGGAUUUCUGGUCAUUUGUACGAAUUCUUUACGUCGUGUAACAGCUAUUAAUUAUUUGGAUGAUCCGACUUACAAUCCGUUUUUAUAUUUAUGGAUCGGUGCAUCACUUGUCGGUUCAACGUAUAAAUUAGUUUGGGAUUUGAGAAUGGAUUGGGGCUUUUUCGAUUUGAACGCUGGAGAGAAUAAAUUUCUGCGCGACCAAAUUGUUUACCCAUCGAAAUUUUAUUAUUAUUUAGCAAUUUUGGAAAAUAUUGUCUUUCGAUACAUUUGGAUUAUUAAUGUUUUUAUGCAUUUUCGCACACGUUCAGCUGAAUAUGCCGAUGUUAUUGGAUUCAUUUUCGGUCUACUGGAAAUCUUCCGACGUUUCAUUUGGAAUUAUUUCCGUCUGGAAAAUGAACAUCUAAACAACUGUGGAGAGUUUCGUGCUGUGCGAGAUAUCUCAGUCGCGCCCAUAUCUACUGUCUUUGAUCACGGAACAUUAGAAGAUAUGAUGGAUAAACCAAACGGCAUUCGUAAUCGACGCAAUGCCAAACGACAUAACCUCAUUCGAGAAGAAAUGAAGAAAAGUCAAAGUUUGAUUACACAUGAAGGAAGUGACCAUGAAACUGUUGUCAUCAGAACACCAUUGCCAUCAGCAACAUAUUCCAAUCCAAUAACAGAUGAGUUGAAUACAACGCUAACGAUCAUAUCCUCACCGAGUAGUCAUGAUCAAUCUCCUGAUCCUGUUCUUGAAUGA